UCCGCAGCACAGCUGAUGAUGCCAUGACGGUGCGGCUACAUUCAUGGGAAUCGAAUCGAAGAAUAAAAUAAUGAUUGCGAGUUUUUACAUUUUCAUUAUGUGACGUGUUAACUUGUAGUAAAAAGUUUUAAACAUUUGUAAUUGAAUUAUUAAGCGUUGAUGUAAUAUAUUUAUUUUUCUGAAGCUAAAUUGACUUGCGAAGAAAAAAUAAAUUCAGCCUGUUCAAAUUUAUCGCUAUUAAUGAUUAAUUUCUAAAAGUAUUCUGUUUGGCACAGUAUGGAAUUUGUAAAAUUCACAAGGUUUCACAUCUGCAUGAUUGAUCGAUCAUUGAAAGAUAGAAAAAACGACACGGCAAACAUUUCCAUCAUCCCAGAUGCGGUCAUGACGCCACCAUAUUGUUCACCUCAAAAUUUUACAGUUUACGUGAAGCGAAUAAUGCAUUCACAAAUUUACCCAAUAGAUGUCGCCACAGCCUGCAGUGUACCUGUGUACCGACUACCGCCUACCGGCGUCCGGCAGCUCACGGAGUUCAUUAGUAUCACAGUUGUACCUUCAGCGCGUCUGGCGUAUGUUGUGCGCAACGCUGUAGUAGUUAUGUACAACAUAUAUAUUCUGAAAACAACGAGGCUUUGGUACAGCUUUGGUAGCCGGAUCGCAUGAAUAUCAAGUAAUUUUCAGUAAAGUAUAAAAUCGCCUUUAUAUACUUAGCUGCCAAGAUGACGGAAGAAAAAGCGACCGUGCAAGAAUUCAAAUUGGACCCUGACUGCGAGCUGCGUUUUGAACUGGAAAGUAAAAAUGAAAAAGUUACACUUGAGUUAAAGAGUGGACUAGCUGAAGUAUUUGGUACAGAAUUAGUGAAAGGAAAGAAAUAUGAGUUCACAUGUGGAGCAAAAGUUGCAGUGUUUACUUGGCAGGGCUGUACUGUAGAGUUGGUUGGAAAAACAGAUGUCAGUUACAUUGCCAAAGAGACUCCAAUGAGUAUGUACUUGAAUUGUCAUGCUGCCAUGGAGAGGAUGAGAGAAGUUGCAGAGAAAGAUGACACGCGAGGUCCUAUUCUGAUGGUUGUUGGACCCUGCGAUGUUGGAAAAUCCACCUUGUGCAGACUGUUAUUGAAUUACGCAGUGAGAAUGGGUAGAAGACCGAUUUAUGUAGACUUAGAUGUUGGACAGGGACACAUUGCGAUACCAGGAACUGUUGGAGCCUUGCUAGUUGAAAGGCCAUCAAACGUUGUAGAUGGCUUCAGCCAACAGGCACCUCUGGUAUUCCAUUUUGGACACAAAAAUCCAAAUUCUAAUUCAGUUCUUUAUAAUCUCCUGGUCACAAGGCUAGCUGAAGUUUGCUCCGACAGAUUGCAAGCAAAUAAAAAAGCUAAAGUUUCUGGUAUUGUCAUCAACACAUGCGGUUGGAUCAAAGGAGGAGGGUACAAAAUGUUGACCCAUGCUGCCCAGGCUUUUGAAGUUGACACAAUCUUGGUUUUAGAUCAAGAAAGACUCUACAAUGAAUUGGUCAGAGACAUGCCUGAUUUCGUAAAAGUUGUAUUUCUACCUAAGAGCGGAGGUGUUGUCGAAAGAAGUCAGGCACAGAGGAAUGAAGCUAGAGACCAGUCAGUAAGAGAGUAUUUUUACGGGUCGAGAACGCCGCUGUACCCACACAGCUUCGAAGUGAAGUGGAGUGAAGCUAAACUGUUCAAAAUCGGAGCACCAAUUCUACCCUCUUCGUGCAUGCCUUUAGGAAUGAAGGCAGAAGAUAAUCUAACAAAGUUGGUUGCAGUCACUCCAGGGCCUAGUUUAUUGCACCACUUACUAUCGGUAUCAUUUGCCGAUUCUCCGGAAGACGACGUUGUACAGACAAACGUCGCCGGAUUCGUUUGCGUAACGAACGUCGAUGUAGAGCGCCAGACAUUCACGAUCCUAAGUCCGCAACCUAGGCCGUUGCCGAAUCAUAUUUUACUUCUAAGCGAAAUUCAAUUCAUGGAUGCGCAUUGAUUAUCAAUCUAGCUUGUAUUGUCAAAUUUUUAUUUUUUUAAGCAUAAAUAUAGUUGUAUUUAUAAGAAAA